UCGCCCCAACCUUAUUUUUUUGUAUCGAUUGAUUAAUUUAUAUCUUAUUACAGUCAACAGCUAACAUGGGAUUUAAGGAUGUUGCUGUUCUAAACAUUUGGGUUGCAUCAAGCAUCCUAUCCUAGAUAUGUGAUUGUGAUCUUUGUCUUUGAACAACAUCCAUAAGAAAAAAUAAAAUAAAAAAAAGCAACCACGAAAAAUCUGAACUUUCAAAAGCAAUACCCUUUUGUCUUUUUGGGUUUUUUUUUUUUCUGUGUGCUUUAAUGGGAAAAUCACUUGAAUCUGCGGCUAGGCUGCAAGAGUUAUCGCGGAUUGUAUCAUCUGCAAAACCCCAUAAGCCAAAGGGAACACAACCCAGAUCCGCGAACCGCGUGGCCACCCCACGGACAACGAAAUCGUGUUCUGUUAAGGUUGAAUCUCCGAAAAAGAUGGAAACUUUGGGAGGGGAGCAAUGUCGGACACCCCUCGCCAAGGUGGUCGCCGAUUGCUCCAAGCGGUGGUUCCAAGACACGCUCAAGGAGGCCAAGGCUGGGGACGCCGCCAUGCAGGUUCUCGUUGGCCAAAUGUAUUACAGUGGCUAUGGUGUUCCAAGAGAUCCUCAAAAGGGAAAUGCUUGGAUUAGUAAAGCAUCAAGAAGUCGAAAUUCAGUUUGGAAAGUAAGCGAUAAACAUCCAGGUUACAGAGCAAGUGAUUCAGAUUCAUGCGAACUGGAGAGCAAAACUAAAUCUUCUCCUUAGUUUGCAAGUAUAGGGAGUUGUAUCCUUGACUCUCUUCUCCUUAUCUUUGGUGGUACUGCAUUCAAUAGGCAUUACUACCUUGGUGGUGUGUUCGGAAUCCUUGAAUGACUUGUAUUUGCUGCAUCGUGCAGUUAUUUUAGAUGCAUGUCCCUUUUUAAGAUACAAGAUAACUUUGUCUUCUUUCAACUUUUUAAUAUAGGAACUUAAUUUUGUUUUUCUUUGAGCCCAAGUGUUGGGGCAAAUAGUUUUAUUGAAUGUUUAAAUCAACUUUGUUUAAAUAUACAGCUGAUCGAAAUACAUGUAAUUUGUUAACUUAAUGAUACAUUAAUGU